ACCUGAUAAAUAGACAGAAAGAAAAACCCUUUUGAGAGAGUUUUCCUUUGUUGCAUUCUUCACUCUUUGUUAAUUGGUUGUGUCUCUAUCGGUUGCGGGUAGAGGUGGCAGCACAGAGACUCUUUUAUUUUCCUUUCUUCUCUUCUCUUCUCUUCUUGGUCUGCCAUUUUUCCUCUCAAAGCUUUCCCACCAAUUCAGCUCUCUCUGACAUUGAGAUCUAUCUCAUCUCACACUUCCUAUUCUUUAAGAGAAAACAAUCCAAACAAUCCAAUAAUCCAACAACAACAACUAUAUAUACACUUCAUCACUUGCUUUUUCUUUCCUUCACCAUUUUCUACUUCCACUCUUCACCCUCACCUUUCUUCUGCCUCUUUCUUUCUCACCCUUUUCUUCUUACUACUAACUUGCUGCAUACAAAAUCUACUGUGUUAUAUAUAUCAGUUUGCUUAACUUGCAUCAUAUAUAUUCACUGUCAAAGGCCAAUUCAAUUUUCUGAGAAACUCUCUCAUCUUUGGUGGAAGAUUUUGUACUGCACCACUUGAUCUGCUGCUUCCAAGAGAAAUCAAGGGAUCAAAGUGAAAGAGGGAGAAUAUGAAUAGUUUUUCUCAUGUUCCCCCGGGUUUUAGGUUCCACCCCACUGAUGAGGAACUUGUUGACUACUAUCUGAGGAAGAAAGUUACCUCAAGAAGGAUUGACCUAGAUGUCAUAAAAGAUGUUGACUUAUAUAAAAUUGAGCCAUGGGAUCUUCAAGAGCUUUGCAGAAUAGGAACAGAAGAGCAGAAUGAAUGGUAUUUCUUUAGCCAUAAAGAUAAGAAGUAUCCAACAGGAACUCGCACAAAUAGAGCAACUGCAGCAGGGUUUUGGAAGGCAACUGGAAGAGACAAAGCUAUCUAUUCAAAGCAUGACUUGAUAGGAAUGAGGAAAACCCUAGUCUUUUACAAAGGUCGAGCACCCAAUGGACAAAAAUCAGAUUGGAUCAUGCACGAGUAUCGACUUGAAACAGAUGAAAAUGGCACACCACAGGAAGAAGGAUGGGUUGUGUGUAGAGUAUUCAAAAAGAGACUAACAACCAUGCGUAAACUGAGUGAGCAUGAUUCUCCCUGUUGGUAUGAUGAGCAAGUCUCUUUCAUGCAAGACAUGGAUUCACCAAAGCAAAGCUCUCAACCUAAUAAUUUGCCCUACCAAUUUCCAUAUCCAUGCAAGAAAGAGCUAGAUUUGCCAUACCAUUUGCCUCUCCAGCUUCCAUUGGAGAACCAAAAACUGCUUCAAUCUGCCUCCAACUCAAUCUCACCAUAUGCUGUAGUAGAACAAAACCAUGUCAUGCACCAAGUUCAACACUCAAUCAUGCAGCAAGUUCAACACUCUGCUCAGCAACAAAAUUUUCAGGCAGUGUUUGGAAACAAUGCCAAUGAACAAGUGGCUGAUUGGAGAGCUCUUGACAAGUAUGUUGCUUCACAACUCAGUCAGGAAGAUGCACCCAAAGAGAACAGUUUCUCAAACACAGGCACCAACAACAACAUGUUUCAUGUGAAGAACAAUAGCAACAUUGAACAGUUGGGAGACAUGGACAAGGAGGAAAUGAUGCCUGAAAAUGCCUCAACUUCAAACUCAAGCUGUCCAAUUGACAUGUGGAAAUAGUGCCUGCUUCAAUUGAUUUUGAGUUUAUACUAUUAAUAGGGUACUAUUAGUUAAUAUCAGAAAAUCCAAAAAAAAAAAAAGAAAACUUACAAUUUCUUGUACAUAAUAAGAGAAAUGAAAUACAUGACAUUAAAGCUAGUGCAUGUGAACUCCUUGGCUUCACCUCUUGCUAGCAGCAAGUUGAAAUUUAUUGGAAUAGAAAAAUAAUCUGUAGAAUAUAUGAUCAUAUUUCCUAUGAGAGAUAAGCUUUGCAGAAUUUGUAGUUAUUGUGUGGUUGGCUCUAGCCAUAUAAGAUGAUGUUAUGUUUGUAUUUUAAAG